UAACAGUCGGGACUAGUUGGAAUCGCACGGAAUCGGAUUUGGUCGAGACAGGUCGAGACUGGUCGCACAGCCUAGUGGUCGCGCCAGAGCGAAAUGGAGCAAAGAAGCAAUGGCGAGCAGCGAUGGUGGAGGAGGAGUCUGUAAUGGUAUGUGGUGAUGGAAGUCGAGAAUCUUUCUUAACGAAUGGCUCUGUCUGAAGUGCACAAUUUAACCGCGAUUAUCGGCAACAAUGCUUUCGCCGUUAGUAAGGAUAACAACAUCGAACGCAGUGUCAGUAUGCUGGAAGUACCGCGAAAGAUUUACUCUAGAGACAUUCGUGGUGUAGAGUACAGUCGUUGGAGCUAUGACUUAACAAGUUGCAGCGCGAAAGGAAAUAUGAAUAUCGAAGACGAGGACAGUCAAGAUUUAAAUAAUCCAAUGGUCAACGACUUGGUAUCAAAGAUUCUUGAUGACGAUUCCAUUGCUAUCGACAGUUGUUGCACGAGUUGCAACAACAGUGCUAACGUGCGUUAUGAAACAGAAUUUGCUAAUUCUUGCCCCAACCAAGUUGGAGAUAGUCUGGAUGCCUAUUUGACGGAUAUGAAUCAUUUAGAGAUUCGUUCGCCGUGCGGCAAGUUGACGAACAAUAUUUACAACAACGUUAAGAAUGAAUAUCAUUAUUCGAACAACCUUUGCAACGAUAUGAAAACAUUGAGUUUUAACGCGUGUAUGGGACAGUCUGUAGAAUCGCAAAGUACUGCAUGUGGCAAUGAAAUUGCAUCGAACACGUAUUUGUCCAAUCCUCGAUCGCACGUUAUACAUGCAGACGACGGAAUAAUGUACACGGGUGGUACCAACGUGCCAUUGUGUAACGAUUUGCUAACCACUACGAGUGGAAUAAACUAUGGCAAACAGUCCGAGAACUGGACGGAACCUCUUGUGACAUAUUCGAUGGGAAAUUACGCGAAAAUUUCAAAUUGUAUCAAACCGGAUCUUAAUUUUAACGUAACUGCGUUAACUUUAGCUUUGGACUCGCCCAAUUCUGUUCCUAUUAAUGAGCUAGAGUAUCGUAACGAUAUGAGACAUAAUGCGUCGUCGGGUUCGUAUGGUAAUACUAUAGUGAAUAACAUUCACGAUAUGUACAGUGUUGCCGCUAACACUUGUCAGAGUAGUUCCGUUGGGUACAGGCCCAACUCGGCGAUGACUGAACUGAGCGCCGAUUCUGGUUUCUUGUCCAACUCGCCGUUGCAACAUUCAAUUUCAUCUGCUGAUACAACUUUGCACACUUGUUUCGGAAGUAGUGCGCAACAACGUAAUAGUAUUGGCGAUUUCAAGGAUGUUCACGACACUGCUAAAUUAAAUAUGACACGAGGUAUUAAUGUACCUAAUGAGCAACUUCAGUUUUUGCACCAGCAAACAACACGUAGCUACAAAUUGGAUCAAGUUGUGGACCAAGAUUAUAAAAACUUGAUCGACUAUUAUCCCGCCGUAACGAAUAACUUUGUCGCAUCUUCUGUGAAUUUAGACACAAAUGAGAAUGUUUGUUCGCCUAAUGAUUACAGAAUUGAUAAUAGCUUAUUGAAGGUAAUUAGUCCGAAGUCAAAGUCUGUCGAAACUAAAACUUAUUCGCCGAUCGGAUUUCCGAAGAAUCUGAGUUCGCGCAACUUGUACCAACCUAUUGCUAAAUACGGCUGUCACAGUUAUCAACAGUACACUGCCAACAGUGGCGACACUCUUAAGAUAUUGCAACAAAAUUCCCCGUUUUAUCACAACGAUUUGAAGCAGCAGCAGCAGCAGCAGCAGCAGCAGCAGCCUAAACUCAACGCGUACAAAUUCGACGGAUUUGAUUUGACUAAAGAGAUGGCUUUCCCUUCGGGAAGUCACGUUACCGAUCGUAUUACGGGAUCUACGCUAGACAAGGACGCCUUUAGUCACAUCGCGAAACAACGACAUCAUAUAUCGAAGAUGCAGAGCAUUCCCGCUGGUAUUUCUCCGGGCGAUAUCAUUUUCAAUUCGGGAAUAAUAUCGGGACCGAAUACUAUGAGAUCGGCGGCAGCGUUUCCGUCGAUGAUGUCAGUUCCUGUUUCUGUUCCGGUUCAUCCUCUUCCGCGGCUGUUCUCUGCUCUCUAUGGAAAUAACUUGAGUUUUAGAAACGGCAGCGGCGCAGCCAGAAAGACAGGUCCCUCGAGUAUACUACAUUUCAAUCUCGAGCAAACGUAUGAGCAAUUUAAGCAAUUGGAAAAGGAGCGCAAGAAAUGCGAAGCCGGAUUGGCCGCGCAUUUCCCGGGAAAACGAGUAACCAGCGCGAAUAACAUACCUAUCCCGCGUCUUCAAGGAAAUCCAUCGAGAGUGGAUCGUUUGAUAAUUGAUUAUUUGAGAGAGCACGCUCGUGUCAUUACACUGAUAGCAAAAAUGGAGCGCUUACGCGGGACCACGAUGAAUCAACGUGUGCAUAAAGCUAUGGAAUAUUGGCUGGAAGCUAUCAAAUAUGUUCAAGAAUGUCGCAAGCAAGAAAUCACGAACGUUAUCAAGCGCCAAAAGGAGAAUCCGCAUUGCAUCUUGGCGUACGAUGACAAUGAUAUUCUAACCUUGGCUGGGAGCGUGCACGAGCUGACGAAAGCAUCGCGGUACGCGCGAACGGGUAUGUAUAAUGCACUUCAGGCCACGUUGCUCUAUGACUUGGAGAUAGAGAAGAACGUCGUCGAGACCUGUAAGGAUCCGGUUCUCGAAAUGAAAAUUCACAAUGAGAGUCAAACGACGGACGGAAGCAACGAUUACACAAGCAAUACCUAGCAAAUUUGCAUUCAACUACCCACUUGCUAUCGCUCAUCUUGAAGUAAAUCCAGCAGCUUUUUACUUACGUACUUACGUAAUUACGUUUUUGAAAAGCUUCCGCUGGUGUUUAUUCACUGUUGAAACGAAAUGCCGCCCAUUAUAAAUUCAAAACUAUCAGUCGCGAUACACAAAGUAAUUCAAUUACGAAUGAAAUUAUAAGACAUAAGACGGAGAUUUGAAAAUGCGCGCAACUUUUUACUGGUUAUUAAUAACUCCAUAGUUUUCUACCGUAUGUAAAUUUUACUGCUUACGACAGUGUGUAAUCGAUUUAGCUUUUCGACAGAACGCCGAUUUAGAUACGAGAAAAAAAAAUUUAUAUAUAUAUAUAUAUAUGUGUAUAUACAUAUAUAUAUGUAUGUAUGUAUGUAUGUAUGUAUCAAUCGUGUUUGAACCGGUGAACACCCGCUAGCUUUGAAGUCGUUGACAACAAGUAACUCGUGACAAAAAGGAGAUUGCUCAGAUAUAUUAUAUCCUUUAGAAGUUGUUCUUCGUACAAUUGUCUGUUUGUAUACGUAUCCUAAGUUAUAAACGUAAUAGAUAGCGUAACAGAAAGCGCCUAUGUACUCAAUGUACUCGUUCGAAAUGUUGAACAGUAACUCGUUAGAUUAGCUCAAUGUGGCCUUCCUUAAAUGUGCGACCCGUAAUGUGGUAGUAGAUGUUCUAGAAUUUGAAUAUUUCGCCAAGUGUAAGUGCGAUAUCAAUUUAAUCGCAUGUAACACGAGCUUAUAUUUAUAUAUAU